AGUAAGACGAGUAUCCAAUAGGAAAGGGCGACUUACCAACGUUUGGAACGGUUUGACAACCAAUGAUACGUCGCGAAAGAAAAGCCACCAAAUUUGUAUUUUUCUGCACGAGCUACUUGUUCUCUUUGUUUCGGGUCUGGUGAGUUUUCAGUCAUGAUGGAUGCACUGUCGGUGGUAUGUCAGCUGCGGGACCUAGCCUCAGAACCGCAGAACCGAGCUGUGAUCGUGCAGGACCAGGGCUGUCUUCCUGGGCUAGUUCUUUUUCUGGACCACCAGAAUCCUGAAGUGUUGUUUUCAACCCUACAGACUCUUCGGUAUCUGGCUGAAUUGCCUCCCAACGUACCCAUUAUGAAGAAUGAGCUGGGUAUGAUGGUGAGCUUGGAAAAUCUUAUCAGACGAGAGGGUGUGUCUCUUGAUAUCACAGUUCUGGCUAAAGAGGUUUACGGCAUUCUGAGAGAGCCUGCUAAUCCAGCUCCACGCACACCAGAGAGGGAGAACAGAAGGAAGCCUCAGUUUUUCAUCAAUUCCACCAAUAAGAAGUCCAAGUCUGUCACACUGCACAUCCAGGGGCUGGACAACGCUCAUCAAAGAAGCUUAUGUGAGGAGGCUCUUCUAAAAGUCAAAGGGGUCAUCAGCUUCACUUUCCAAAUGGCCUCUAAGCGAUGUACAGUCCGUAUCCGCUCAGACCUUCCCACUGAGAGUCUGGCAACAGCUAUUGCUUCCACUAAGGUGUUGUCAGUUCAGCAAGUGAUGAAAAAUGAGGCAGGAGAUGAGGUUUAUGUACCUCUGAACUCAAGUGGUGUUGAGGUGCCACAAAACUCAGCCCUCCCAGACUACCUCCCAGAGGAAGAGAGCCCAGAGAGGGAGGUUGAUAAAGCCAUUUCCCGCACUGCAGCUAAAGAAGAUUCCAGUGGGAGCUGGCUGAAUGCUGCUGCAAGCUUCCUCACAAAAACCUUCUACUGGUGAAGCUCAGACUGUCUCGAAAAAGUAUCCAGAUAGAGUCCUCCUUCUGAUUGCAAUGGGCCUCACCGAGGAUGAGAGCUCAUAUGAGGGCUUUAAGUCUUUCAUUCAGUGAGCAACUACAAAUCAUUGCUAUGUAUAUAUACAGAUUUGUUGUCUAAAAAUCUUUCAAACUGAACAAAAGUCUAAAUUUGGGAUGUAUCCCUCACUUCUGUUUUCUGUCCACAAAUUCCAUAUAAAUGUUCCUUCCAUCUUCAUUUACCUCCUAACAUGUGCAAAGGUAAAUUUCUGAUCAUUUCUAUUAUUCCUUUAAGUCUUACACUGUCCUGCUGUUUGUAAGUAGUUGAACUGGUUUAUAUCGAAAUAAAUGUGCAAAAUCUGAUCUGUA